AUGACUGCUGCGUGGAAAGCCGCCGGUUUGACCUACAACCGCUACCUGGCCAUUGCCGCCCGUACCGUCCGUCGCAGCCUCAACGAGGAGAAGAGAGUCGCUGUUGAGCGUCGCGGCGAAAUGGAGCUCCGUUUCGCCAAGUGGGAGAAUGGCAAGAUGGGUGAGCCCAAGGACCUGGGCAAGGCCAACAUUGCUGCCAUGGCCGAGCACGGCACUUCUUCGUAA